CCGCUCUCACUUCUGUAAAGACGUGGUUGAGCGAGAACUUCUCCAUGAAAGACUUAGGGGAUGCUAGUUAUGUCCUUGGCAUAAGAAUCUACCGAGAUAGAUCAAGAAAGUUAAUAGGUCUGAAUCAAAGUACAUAUAUAGAUAAAAUCCUUGAUCGAUUUAGCAUGACUAAAUCAAAGAAAGGAUCUUUACCUAUGACACCUGACACGGUUCUUUCCAAGAACUAGAGUCCUUCUACUCCUGAGCAGAAGGAACUCAUGAUGAAGGAAAUCUCCUUCCAGAAAGGAGAUGAGUCAAGCUCCCGAGCAUGGACAAGUUGGUCCUCAGGGAGAGCAGGAGCACGUGAGUGUGCAUACCGAGGCGUCUAGCUUCACACCGCAGCACGAAGUUCCGGAGCCGCAGAUGGCCGGGGCGUAUGUACCACCACCGCCACCGCCACCUCCUGUGGUGGUGGUCACGAUUGAGAAGCUGAAGAAGAACGGAGCUGAGGAGUUCUGUGGUGACCAGAUCGCGGAACCCAUGGCCGCGAAGCGCUGGCUCGAGCGUGAUGCCGCCUAUGACUGGUGGAAACGCGCAGGAGCGAACAUCCCGGAGCCGGUGCCGUGGGUGACCUUCGACGAGAUCUUCCGUGAAGAGUAUGUGCCCGAGCACUUCAUGGAGGAGAAGCGUGACGAGUUCAUGAAGUUCACGCAGGGUGAACUUACGCUGCCAGAGUAUCGCCAGAAGUUCGAUGAGCUGGCCGAGUUUGGUCGGGACUUGGUGCCGACAAUGGAGAAGAGGUGCAAGCGCUUUAGGGAGGGGUUACGCCCUUAUUUGUCCUUCGGACUGGUCUCCGCACCGAGAAAUGACAUCAACGACUUGUACAAGCAGGCGUUGGAGUUACAGACGGCCUUACUCAGGAAGGCUGAGUAUGAGCAGUCACAGACGACGCAUCCUCGACCGCCACCGCCAUCUAGAUCCGGCUCGAGCAGCAAGAGGCCUCCUCACAUACCGAGCAGCUCGCACUCGAGCAAGAAGGCCGGGCAUUACCGCAGGAACUGCCCGACGAACCCUGGUGAGGCGUUCCCGACAGCGCCCGCAGCUGCAACCUCAACUCCAGCAGCCCAACCCGCACCGAGUCAGAAGUCGGUAGCAGCGUCCAGUCACAUGAGAAGGCCGGCACAGAGCGCUCAGUCCGGGAAGGCUCCAGCCCGUACUUAUGCGAUGCAUGGACGUACUGAGCAGGCCGCUCAUGAUGUGAUUAUGGGUAUGUUCACCUUAUUCGAUACAUCCAUAUCUGCUUUGAUUGACCCAGGUUCCACAUUGUCAUAUCUGUGUGCAUCUAUGCCUGUAUCGUCUAAUAUUCCGAGAGAGAACCUGGAAAAUCCAGUGAUUGUGUCCAAUCCGUUGGGACACAGUCUAUGUCUCAAAUAUAUCUAUCCUGACUGUCCGCUAGUUGUGCAAGGGAAGAGCUUCCCUGCAAAUCUGAUAGAGCUCCCCCAUCGAGAAUUCGAUGUUAUCCUGGGCAUGGAUUGGCUUACAGCCAACCAAGCCAUUGUUGAUUGUGGCGCACAUACGGUACAACUGAAAGCCGAAGAUGGUAAUGACGUUCUGAUUCGUGGCGAGCUUUUCCCGAAGGCUCCCGAAUUUAUCUCAUUUAUGCAAGCUCGUCGCCUCAUACGCAAGAAAUGCGAGGCCUUUCUUUGCACCGUCCGCGACACGCAGCUAGAGGCACCCGGACGGGAGGAAAUCCCUACGGUGUGCGAGUUUCCAGACGUAUUUCCAGACGAGCUGCCCGGACUACCACCCCCGAGGGAGGUAGAGUUCUCCAUCGACUUGGUUCCGGCGAAUGUGGUGGCUGAUGUUCUUAGUCGCAAAACUCUAGCCGUACUCCGAGUUCAGCCUACAUUGUUGCAAGAGAUCGUGACGGCGCAGAGCAGCGACGAUUUCUGCAGGCAGAACUGUGAGCUCGCCUCUCGGGGCGAGAAACCCGACUUCUCUGUCCGUGAGGAUGGUGUCUUGUUGUAUCGGGCACGUGUGGUAGUGCCAGUGGGGGAGGUAAGGGAACGUCUCCUCCGUGAAGCACAUGCGGAUACGGUCACUCUCGACGAGAACCUUACAUAUGAGGAGGAGCCGGUUGAGAUUUUGGCUCAGGAGAUCCGUCAGUUGAGGAACAAAACCAUUCCGUUGGUCAAGGUUCUGUGGAGAAGUCACACCGUUGAGGAGGCGACCUGGGAAACAGAGGAAUCCAUGCGCACCCGUUAUCCCCAUCUUUUCAGUGACCAGUGAUCAGGUAAAUUUCGAGGACGAAAUUUUCUUAUGGGGUGGAUAACUGUAACGCCCUGCGACCCG